GGGAGGAGGGAGGAGGAGGAGGAGGUUCAGGGAGGUGGCGUUGCGGCAUCCAGCGGCAGACCGUCGGCCGGGGUGACUGGGAGCCGGGUUUUUUUACUCAGCCCGGAGGCCCUUCCCGCCGCCAUCGAUGUGAGCAGGCGGCCCUCGGGAGGAGGAUUGGGAGGGCGGGCGGGGCCGUGUGUGGGUGGGGCCGGCUCGGUGUGUGUGGGGGUGAUCCUGCCUUCUUCACGCUCGGCUCCAGAGGGACGGCGCGACUUAAGAAGCGCUGCCACUCGGGAGUUAAAGGCCAACAGUACCCCCCCACCCCGGGCUCUACCCAGCCUGGCCCGACCUGGUCUGGCUCUUCCUCCGCCUCCUCCUCCCUCCCUCCGGUCCCAGCGUCUCUCCGUGAGCGGUUGGUGCUGCUGUCAGGCCGGCGCGCGCGCUCGCUCGCUCCACAUCUCAUCCCCCCCCACCCACCCUGCCGGCACGCGACGAAACCACAAGACGCAAAGCCGAAGCGCGCUCGCGCCUCCCUUAGCCCCGGAGACUCAUCUUCGCCGCCUCCUCCUCCUCCUCCUGCCCCUUAAGUAACAUCGAGACGCGAAACAGCCUUGCACCCCAGCGGAGUUGCCCACGCAAAGACAACGGCGGAGAUAUGAAGAUCAAAGAUGCCAAAAAACCAUCUUUUCCAUGGUUUGGAAUGGAUAUUGGUGGAACGCUAGUGAAACUUGCAUAUUUUGAACCUAUAGAUAUUACUGCAGAAGAAGAGCAGGAAGAGGUUGAAAGUCUGAAGAGUAUUCGCAAAUAUUUAACAUCAAAUGUGGCCUAUGGGUCUACUGGUAUUCGAGAUGUCCACCUUGAACUUAAAGACUUGAUACUCUUUGGACGAAAGGGAAAUUUGCACUUUAUCAGAUUCCCAACACAUGACUUGCCUACUUUUAUUCAAAUGGGAAGAAAUAAAAACUUUUCCACGCUACAUACGGUGCUUUGUGCCACUGGCGGUGGUGCUUAUAAAUUUGAAGAAGACUUUCGCACAAUUGGAGACCUCCAGCUGCACAAAUUGGAUGAACUUGAUUGUCUCGUCAAAGGCUUGUUAUAUAUAGAUUCUGUCAGUUUUAAUGGCCAGGCAGAAUGUUACUAUUUUGAAAAUGCAUCAGAACCUGAAAGAUGCCAAAAGAUGCCUUUUAACCUAGAUGAUCCAUACCCUUUGCUGGUUGUAAACAUUGGCUCAGGAGUCAGUAUUCUAGCAGUUCAUUCCAAAGACAACUACAAGAGAGUGACUGGAACAAGUCUAGGUGGUGGGACCUUUCUUGGUUUGUGCAGUUUACUGACCGGAUGUGAAAGUUUUGAAGAAGCUCUAGAAAUGGCAUCCAAAGGCGACAGCACACAAGCUGACAAGCUAGUCCGGGAUAUUUAUGGGGGAGACUAUGAACGAUUUGGCUUGCCAGGAUGGGCAGUGGCAUCUAGCUUUGGGAAUAUGAUCUGCAAAGAGAAACGGGAGUCUGUCAGCAAAGAAGACCUGGCUAGAGCAACCUUGGUUACUAUCACCAAUAACAUUGGAUCUAUAGCACGAAUGUGUGCUGUAAAUGAGAAAAUAAACCGAGUUGUCUUUGUUGGUAACUUUCUACGUGUGAAUACUUUAUCAAUGAAGCUUUUGGCAUAUGCACUGGAUUACUGGUCCAAAGGCCAGUUGAAAGCUUUGUUCCUUGAACAUGAGGGGUACUUUGGAGCAGUUGGUGCCCUUCUUGGAUUGCCAAAUUUCAGCUGAAGCUCAAAGCCACCACAAUACUGAAUGGUUCUCUAACUUUCUGGCAUUAUUACAUAUUGUUUUUAUAUCAACUGGAAGAGCAGAAGGGCUGCCAUCUUUCUAUAAAUGUCUUUAACUGGAGGAUAAAACUAUCUCAUUGUUGACAUCUGGGUGCUCCUAUAAAGAAGCACUUAGAAGAGGAUUUGAUACGGCAUUCUCUAAUCCAUUUCAUCAACAUUCUCCAACUUGGUGCCCCUUCGAAUUUCUCAGCUGGUAUAGUGGUUAAUUAUGCUGGUUGCAAUACACAAAUAAGGGGCAUCGAGCUGGGGAAUGUCGUAAUAGACAUUUAAUACUCAGCAUGUGUAUUAAACUCAAAAGACAUAAUCUUAACUCUCUAGACCCUUCAAUACUAACCCGGUUUUGCUUCAAAACUAUCCUUAAGCAAUUGGGUUGCAUGUAAUUACACAAGGUUUGACAUGGUCUUGUGCUCAAGAGUUCAUUUAGAUAUCCAGUCAACUCUAAAACUGAUUGUAGCCAUGAACGAAGAAAGGAUCUUUGAUGCAAAGUAUUGUGUUUCAAUGCAAGUAAGUUACAGCAUGUUGAAAUACUUAUUCAGGCAUCAGUGUUAAGUUUCCAAACAUUAAACAUAAAAACAUCAGCAACUGUUUUGUACAAUUGAUUUAAUGAAUUAAUCAAGAAUGUGUGUAUAACUACCAGUAACAGUACAAGAUGACAGUUAAAAAAAAACAAAAAACCAUCCCAUAUAUCUCAGAAUUACUGCUAUAAACAGUUCCAGCAGAUAUGACUGAAAUCAAAGCAACAGUGGUGUGGCAAAGGCUGGAAAGACAGAUCUUUAAUAAGAUGCCUUUGGUGUGACUUCCCAACUCCAAGAAAGUGAGUUGAUCUCAUGGAACCUCUAUUAAGAAUAUUAAGUUGGGACUAGGCUGUGUCCUUAAACCAUUAUGGCAGCUGUAGAGGUUGAACUGCAGAGUCAAUAGAUCCGGUGUUCAUUGCACCUUAGUAAACUGUUCCAGUGGUGCAACAGUGUGGCCUUGAGAUAAACGCCUAUACUUACUGUAUGCCACUUUGGAUACAAUGGUAAAGUUUACAAUAGUGGCAUAUUUAAUAGACUGCUGCAACAAAGCUUACCAUAAGACCUCAGCAAAACAAAAAAAAAGAAUAAUCUCAGAAAAGAAACUUUCUAUGCACAAGGAUGUAAUUAUUGUAUCCUGAAGGAAUAUGCAGUUACCCAAUCCAUGAAUUAAAAUUUUAUAGAAGGGAAUCUACCACUGACUUGAAUUCAUCUUGAGUUUUAGGUACUGCUUAUUUUACUUGAUCAAGGUGAUGUGCUAUUUUGGCACGUGAAUAUUUGAUACAGCAAUAUCUAUAUGAAAAACAACAACAUUCUUGGAAGUUUGGUUGGUUUAGGUGUUUUUUUUAAUCAUUUGUCUAUAAUUAUAUUCAAUGAUUAGUAUUAGUAAUUGGUUUGUAGUAUGUAGCAAUCACCUAAAAUAUUUUCUGUUUUUAGAACUUGGAAAUUAUCUCUUUAUAGCACAGGGCAACAUCCAGAAAUUUGUAUGUACCUCACUGGUUUGAGAAAGUCAGAAAAUACAACUUCAGUAAAAGAACUCAUCAUAGAAACAUUAUACUUGAUUAUUUUAAUCCUGGUCUAUUUUACAAAGUAUGAUUAAUUCCCAAUUCAUACUAGGAAAGUAAAAAAAUAUUGUUUUUCAUUUUGAGUUUUGAAACAAUAGAAGCAAACAGUCUGUCUGCCUUUCCUUUUGUGAAGAGACAUUUUUGGCAUUACUAAAAAUUAUUUAUCAUACAAUGUUUUUUUAAUUCAACAGGUUUACAUCCUGGUAACAUCAUAGGUUUGGAAUAAGCCCCAUAAACGAAUUCAUUGGCAAUUUUUAUCUUAGACAAUUAUAUUUUUAUUUUUGCAUUAUGUAAUUGCAUUUGUAAGAACAGUGCUUUUACAAAAAUGCCAUUGCAAUGUUACAAAAUUCUGCCAUUGUUCAUGUGAAUUCAUGCUGUUAGCAACCUCAUUUAGAACUACUGCAAAAGCUUUCUUGGUUGGGAGCGGCAGAGAUC